AUGGGAAAGGGGUGUCUUGUAGAUUAUUUACGUUCCAGAGGUAGGGCUGUUAUACAAACUAAGGAAUUACUUCGCUUUUCCAGUAAUGUGUGUGAUGGAAUGGGAUUUCUAGAAAGCAGGUCAUUGGUCCAUCGUGACUUGGCAGCAAGGAAUGUUCUAAUCUCAGAUGCUGGUUUAGCUAAAGUUUCUGAUUUUGGCCUCGCCCAUGAAGAGUCUUAUAUUGUGGAUGGCGGCAAAGUACCAAUCAAAUGGACUGCUCCUGAGGCACUCAGAAAAGGACAUUUUUCAACAAAAUCUGACGUUUGGAGUUAUGGCAUACUUUUAUGGGAGCUGUAUUCAUUUGGAAGAGUGCCAUAUCCCAGAGUGCCGUUAACGGAUGUAGUGGCUCAUGUCGAAAGAGGUUACCGGAUGGAGGCACCGGAAGGCUGUCCGGACCAAAUUUAUAGAAUCAUGAUGAAAUGCUGGGACUUAGAUCCAAAGCAGAGGCCAUCAUUUAGUGAGAUAUCAAGGAUGUUGGAUAAUUCCAGUGCCGUUACAGUUUAAGAUAAAAUUAUGUCACGAUAUAUUCAUGAAAUUUACAGUUAAAAAUGUGUAGUUGAUGGAAUGAACUUUUGCUUGAAAAGUAUUCUCGACAUCAUGAAAAAAAUCACUCAAAGCUUGCCUUUGAGUCCAAGAUGGCUGCCGCAGUACUAAUAAUCAAAAUCCAAUAAAAUCCUUUUUUGUAUUAGUGUGUUUUAGAUCAGAACAUGGUAUAAAAAGAUUUUUUUUGAGUAGACUGUGGAAAAAAAGGGAGUGUUGCAUUUCAUUUGUUAUAAAAAAAAUGGAAAAAAAAGAGAAAAAUGAUUUGGAAUAGUCAUGACAAUGAACUCUGCAUCGGUAUAAUACAUAAGGGGAAGGGACACU